CCAUGUUUAGCUGCUUUGUUGUAGAUUUCUUGUCGGUUUCCUGCAGAUUUUCUCAAGUGUUGCAAUGGAGCCGAGCUGGAGUACGUUUUUGUUUCAGCAGGCUAAUGAAGCCCUCCACCAUCAGCACCAGGUGGCCCAGAACAGCCUCCUGCCCCUCCUCAACUCUGGUUCUGAGCCACCGGAUCAGAAGCCUGUGUUGCCCAUCCCACUAGACCAGAAGCCUCCUGUCAGCGUGGCUGAGCUGUUGAAGGACAAUGUGGCCAGUGGGACAGGUGGCGGUGGAGGAGGCGGGCCCGUUGCCGUGGUAAAGAAAGAGCCCAAGACAAAAACGCCCUUCAUCUGUGGCUAUUGCAACAAGGCCUUCCGUGACAGCUAUCACCUGCGGCGGCAUGAAUCCUGCCAUACAGGUGUCAAGAUGGUGUCACGGCCCAAGAAGCCCCAGCCAGCGCCCACCAUGGUGCCACUUAUCUCCACUGUUCCUCGCGAAGGCGCUGCCAACCCCUCCUACAUUUCAACCAUUGCUGGCAUCCUCACCACAGCCACUACAUCAGCCUCUACAGGCGCAAGCGUCAUGACCCCUGCUGCCAUGCCCCCUGGCAGCGCUCCUCAGCAGCAGAGCGCCCCAAAGAAGCCUGCCAAGCCUGUGAAGAAGAACCACGGUUGUGAGAUGUGUGGAAAGGCCUUCCGUGAUGUCUACCACCUGAACCGCCACAAGCUAUCACAUUCAGACGAGAAACCCUUUGAGUGUCCCAUCUGCCAACAACGCUUCAAACGCAAGGACCGCAUGACCUACCACGUGCGCUCACAUGAUGGUGGUGUGCACAAGCCCUAUGUCUGCUCUGUGUGUGGCAAGGGCUUCUCCAGGCCAGAUCAUCUAAGCUGCCAUGUGAAGCACGUUCACUCUACAGAAAGACCUUUUAAAUGCCAAGUAACGGCCUGCACAGCUGCAUUCGCCACCAAAGACCGACUGCGCUCCCACAUGAUCCGGCACGAGGGGAAGGUCACCUGUAACAUCUGUGGCAAAAUGCUGAGUGCAGCCUACAUCACCAGCCACCUGAAGACACACGGGCAGACGAGCUUCAAUGCUUCCUGUAACAAAGGGCUAGGGAGCUGGCAGUGGAACUCGACAGGGGCACAAAAAGAUUCUAACGAAGUGUGCAACUCCACCUCUGCCACACCCGUCACAGCAUCAGCUGCAAACACUACAGCGGUGAAUCGUGGCAACGCAAGCAAUCCAGUCACCAUUGCAGCUCAGAUGAACAUCGCCACCAACACGGUCAACAUCACCUCGCCAGUGAAUCUCCAGCACCCUGUCACAAUCACCGCGCCCGUCAACAUCGCCUCGGUCAACAUCCCAGCCACGGCACCCAUGAAUAUUGCCCACCCGGUGGCUAUCACAACCCCCAUGCCCAUGAACAUCACUGGCCCCCUCAACAUUGCCAUGAGGUCCAUGGAAAGCAUGCCUUUUCUCUCCCAGGUCUUGCCUUCUUCUCCUCCCUGGUAAAAAAAAAAAAAAAAAAAAAACCCUUUCCCAUCCCCAGAAUCCAUACCUCAGCACAUGCCCCCCCCCCCCCCUCCCCUUUCCUACACCCUCUCAAUUUUUCACCACCCCUUCUCUCCACUCUGUUUACUCAGCGCCAAGGGCGAGUUAGUUGCCAUGGCCUGACUGCGCCAGCAGGGGCAUUCCGAUGUGGAACAGUAAGGUAGAGAGAGACCCAGUAGGAUAUAGCUACAGCUUUAUUCCUUCUCUUAAUCCUCUGAAGGACAUCUGACUCCACAGUUCCUGGUCUGUAGAAGAAAGAAAGAAAGGGCUGUAGAAAAGCACUAUGCUAUGACAGGUGGCGCUCAAUGAAUUGGGAUGCGUCAGAGCUUGGUUCAGUGGGGUCAAUGGGAGAAGGACGUACAGAAAGUGUGCUGCAACUUAUAAUACAACAGUCCUUUUACUGAGCAGUUGGUUUGUCUUAGUUUUGUUUUAACUAUAGUUUGCUAAUCAGUAUUUAAUAGUUUUAAGUAUUUUAAAUUCAGCAAAAGGGACAAAAGCUUCCUUGCGGAAGGAAAAGACUUUAAAUGUCAUGCGUGUAGGAGUUUUGGAGAUGAGGAGGAACAUGUUUUGAUAGACGGGGGUAUGGCGGCUUGGACCGUUGAGAAAGACUGGAUCAUGUAAAUCCUCGCCGUCAAGAACUGGCUAAAUAUUUUAAUUUUGUAAGUGCAUUUCUUCAUAUGGUCCCUUUUAGACUGUUAGAGAUGUGCAGAUUUAUUUUUUGUGUAUUUCUUUGAUUUUUGGGAUUGCUGGGAAUGUGCUUUUUCUUAGUCUGUGACCAUCGGCCAUUUUACAGAAACCGAAAGGCAAACAAGUCUUGCACUGAAUGCAUAUCCCAUAUGUAAUAUUCUGAAAACAGUAUUAUCUUAGAUCAAAGAUCAGGAGCGUUAAACACAUGACCUGUUAUGUAGAUAGCGGGGCCAUCUAGUGGACAGCAGAUGGUAUGCUGUGAAAUUGGUCCCAAAAGCUCACAAUGUUUAUUAUGAUUAUCAUGUUUGACAGAUUAGUUCUAUUUUUUUUAUACCCUCUAUUUU